AUGGCGAAUCUUUCUAAAGCCGAAGUAGAUGAUGUUCGUGAAGUAUUUGAAGUCUUUGAUUUCUGGGAUGGUUGUGAUGGAAUGGUGGAUGCUAGUAGAGUACCUGAUUUGCUUAGAUGUACCGGUCUUAACCCAACUAAUGCUUGCUGUCUUCGAAAUGGAGCUUUAACUGCUGCAGGAGAAGUGCAGUAUACGUUCGAGGAGUUUCUAUCAGUAUAUCAGGCGAUCAAAUAUGAAAGUUUACCACCUCUCAAAGAUCAAUUUAUGCAAGUUUUCAGGAGUUAUGAUCGUGAAUCACAAGGUAUUCUAACAGUUGCUCAGAUAAGGCACAUUUUGGGAACAUUUGGAGAACGCCUUAAUGAAGAAGAAACUGACAGAGUAUUGAAGCAAUUGGGUUAUCAACAUGGAAUCGUUAAAUAUGAGGAAUUCAUUGAUUGCAUACUUGAAGAAACCACGGAGUCUGCCUUUUCUGGUUAUUAA